AUGGUGCUUCAAUUUCGUGACUACAUUCCCCUUUCUCGUCCCUCUUCAAAUGUUGUCACACCUCCACCACUACCUCCACAACUAGGCAAUAAUGCUUCUAUUGGCUUUUUUGGAAUUCACGCUUUUUCUCCAUAUAACUCUUCACAGGUUCAAUCUGGCAGUCUUGAAGAUGACAGUGAUUGUUUUGAUGAUUUAUCUGUGAAUGAGAAUCCAUCAAUCGAAGUUCAACACCUUAUCUCAAAAAUGGAAAAUGUGAACCAUUGUCUUUUUGAAUACAGAAUUGUCAACCUCUCCGAAAAAAAUCUCGUAGACCCAAUGGAACCAUCAACUGAAGAAAAGUCAAAUACAGUGCGAAAAUCAAGAUGGGAAAAGAGCAUUAAGCCACUAGUUGACAAGUAUGCAUCUGCUAUUGAAAUUAAGUCAGCUUUUGAUGACGAAAUUCAGACACUAUCAACAGAAACAAAUGACCAAAAACCUCGGAUAUUGCUUGGUUCAAAUUAUGAUGGGAUUCUAAAAAUUUACGUGAAUGCAAAUGAAAUAGAGAUUGGAUUUUUAGAAGUUGUAGGAAAUGCGACGGUUGUGGAUUUUAAAAAAUAUCGUGAAGAUAAGGAGAAAUUAUUAAAGG